UGUGUGUGUAGCAGGAAGUGUGCAGCGGCUGCAUGUGUUUGAUCUUCAGUCAUGGAGUCCGUCUCUCUGCUGCUGCUGGUUCUGCUUCCAGCUCUGCUCCGGGUCCAGACCGGCUCAGGAGUCCGCCUCCCAGACCUGGACCUGGACCCGGACCCGGACCUGGACUCCUCACCGGGGGUCGUGGAGCUGGAUCUGUCGGCGGCGCUGCACCGGGUGGACCGGCGCUUUCUGUCCGUCACCAUCGACGCCAGCCUGGCCGCGGAGGAGAAGUUCAUGUCGCUGCUGGGCUCUGUGAGACUCAGGACUCUGGCUGCAGCUCUGGCUCCGGCCUUCCUCCGGUUUGGGGGGACAAGACAAGAUUUCAUGGUCUUCAGUCCUCAGACGGUCCUUCAGGGCCCCGGACUCCCUGCAGAGCCGUCCUGUGAUAAACGGGGGCUGCCCCGCUGGCUGGAGGAUCACCUGAGGAAGGCGUGGAGACAGCAGCAGGACGUCCUGAGGACAGAAGGUCUGCAGAGGAAGUUCAUCAGAGCCAAGUUCACAGAGUACACGGUGGACCUGCUGCACUCCUUCUCCAACUGCUCGGGGUUGGAUUUGAUAUUUGGUCUGAACGCUCUGCUGAGAACUGCCGACAACAGCUGGAACAGCAGCAAUGCUCACCUGCUGCUGCAGUACUGCGAGUCCCGAGGCUACGACAUGUCCUGGGAGCUGGGCAACGAGCCAAACAGCUUCGAGAAGAAGGCGGGCAUCCGAGUUGACGGACAGCAGCUGGGGCGGGACUUCAGCCACCUCCGAGCAAUGAUGUCACAAUCCAAACUGUAUGCUGGCGGCGGUCUGUACGGGCCGGACGUCGGGCAGCCGCGAGCCCACGGGACGGACCUGCUGCCGGGGUUCCUGCAGAGCGGAGCGGGCGCAGUGAACGCCUGCACCUGGCACCAUUACUACGUGAACGGCAGAGACACGUCUCUGGACGACUUUCUGGAUCCGGGGGUUCUGGACUCUCUGGCCUCAAAGACCCAAGAAGUCCUGCAGAAAGUGAAGCUCGAGUCUCCGGAGAUGCCGGUGUGGCUCGGAGAGACCAGCUCGGCGUUCGGAGGAGGAGCCGCCGGCCUGUCGGACACGUUCGCUGCAGGAUUCAUGUGGCUGGAUAAACUGGGCCUGGCGGCUCGGCUCGGUCUGGAUGUUGUGAUGCGUCAGGUGUUCUUUGGUUCUGGCUUCUAUCACCUGGUGGACGAGAACCUGGAUCCACUUCCUGACUACUGGCUGUCUGUUCUCUAUAAGAGGCUCGUCGGCCCGGAGGUUCUCAAAGUGGGAUUUUCUGGAGCUGCUCGGAGUAAAAGAACCCGUCUGUACCUGCACUGUGCCAACAGAGACAGAUACUCAGAAGGAGCGGUCACGCUGAUUUCUCUAAAUCUGAGGAAGAAGCCGACGAGGAUCUCUGUCCCGGCUGCCUCCUCGAGGACAGUGGAGGCGUUUGUUCUGGUGGCGGAGCGGCCGGGGGAGGAGGGGCUCCUCUCCAGGUCGGUGCGUCUGAACGGAGACGUGCUGAAGAUGCUGGGUGAUGAAACUCUCCCCGAGCUGACGGGACGACGGCUGCCUCCGUCUGAACACCUGCAGCUGCCGGCCUUCUCCCUCAGCUUCCAUGUCCUCACAGACGCUGGAGCCUCCGCCUGCAACUCCACCUCCACCUCAACCACCACCUCCACCUCAACCCUCCACCUCCACCUCCACCUCCACCUGAACCUCCACCCCUACCUCAACCUCCAACUCAACCUCCACCCCUACCUCAACCUGAACCUCAACCUGAACCUCCACCUCAACCUCCAUCUCCACCUCCACCUCAACCUCAACCUCCACCCCUACCUCCACCUCAACCUCCACCCCUACCUCAACCUGAACCUCAACCUGAACCUCCACCUCAACCAGAACCUCCACCUCCACCUCCACCUCAACCUCCACCCCUACCUCCACCUCAACCUCCACCUCAACCUCAACCUCCACCCCUACCUCAACCUGAACCUCCACCUCCAUCUCAACCUCCACCUCAACCUCCACCCCUACCUCCACCUCCAUCUCAACCUCCGCCUCAACCUCAACCUGAACAUCCACCUGAACCUCUACUCCAUCUCCACCUGA